CCCACGCUUACGAUACGCGGCCCAACGCCCUCGAGAGGCCAAUAUCUGACACCUGGGUCAUCUGCCACGCCACUUGGCUUUCAACUUCUCACCAACAGCAUAACCUGAGUGCAACUAUGCAUCUCCAUUCACUGUAAUUGGUCAAGGAGAAAAGGAAAAUAACAGUCAGGAUUGUCAGGAUUCAGCAACUCAUCAUGACAACAGACGGAGGACUUGCCACCUUGGAUUCGUCCAUGGCCGAUCGCCUGCCCGAGGUGAGCCAACAUCUAUUCCGGGCCAAGGCCAUCAAAGGAGUGUCGUUCGAGGACAUGGCCAAGGCCCUAGGCAUAAGCGAGGUUGCCGUGGCAGGCAUGUUUUACGGCCAGGUCCAGGCGUCCGCGGACGACGUCGUCACGCUCUCCCAUCUACUGGAUUUGACUGAGGAGAGCCUGGCCCCCCUGAUGCGCUUUCCCGACCGGGGCCGCGCAGGACCCAUGCCCCCCGUCGAACCCCUCAUCUACCGCCUCUAUGAGAUUGUCCAGAACUACGGCUAUGCAUUCAAGGCUGUCUUGAAUGAGAAGUUUGGCGACGGUAUCAUGAGCGCCAUCGCAUUCCGGACAUAUGUCGACAAGGAGGUAGAUGAAACGGGGAACCCUUGGGUGGUUAUCACCCUGAAAGGCAAAUGGCUUCCUUUCACUCGGUUCUAGACAGUCCACACUUCGACCAUGAUGAAGGCCACGAGGCAACACACCUGGUCACCCAAGGGAGACAUACAUAAUUUUAUGGGACCAAAGGAAGUUGGGCAUGGAUUUCCCCUCCAGGCCAGAAUAUACGCAGAAGGAAUCUUUGAUAUCACCUCGGUCUUAUCGUGCGAAUAUCCUUUUGAGUCC